CCGACUGUCGCCUCGCCUCUGCGCCGAGCUCCCUGUCAAACAAUUUAGGCAGCGCCGGCCACUCAUUGUGCCCGCCGCUCUCUUCCCGCAGCCUGAAACGCGCAAGUCCAACACCAAGCUCCCUGGACUCCUUACUUUCUGGCGACAGCAAUCGACGUCCCCGCCACUGGAUAUGUAUCCUCCUCCCACGCCGCCUUCGCCAUGACCGCCGCAAACCUGACCUCUUCACCACCCUCUCUCCCUGCGGAGACGGGCCCCGACGGCCUCAUCUCGCAUCUGAAGGCGAUGACGACGUCGAGUGCCGCUGCUCAAGAGACCACGCCGACCUCGCACAACGCCGCGCCCGAGACACCUUCUCACCAGCCCCGACAAGACGCUGAGCUUCCCCGCAAACUCGGUGCGACUGAGCAGGACCCCAUUGAUCCCUUUGGGCAGCACUCCGAAGCACAACCUCGAUCAGAGGGCACUUCUAGCAGUGCUUCCACCAUGGGCAAAACAAUUGGUAGCCUCCCUGAUGAGGCCCGGCGACCGUCUACACCACGCGCUCAAACAGAUCCCUCGCCCUCAUUCGACCUGCUUCCUACCCACCACCCGCGACCCCGGAACCGAUCACCGUACUCACGCUCCCACCUCCGCUCACACAGCGGGUCCAGCUCGCUGAGUGCCCCGCCGAUGAUGCGCGCUCACUCGCUUCCUGCGGUUAUCAGUCCCUCUACUCAUCUUGCGCUGUCCCCUUCGCCGAUGCCUGGCCGGCCCUCGUCCCCGCUCCGCUCCCCCAAGCGUACACGCAGCCCGCGCAGCCAUCCGUCUCUCUAUUCGGACGAUUCAUACACGCACUCUGGGGCUCCCAGCGUUUGUGACAUCUCGGAGGACGCCGAGCUGGAGCUCACGCCUAAAGCGGGCGUCCUCCAACCAUCGCCCAUCUCUACCCUGUACAGCAGCACCGGCUCCUUGUCCAGGAGGCGAAGACCGGCAUCACCACUCUCUCAGGUGUCGCUUGGCUCAACAGGGACACCAUCAGCCAGCACACCACGGUCGGGCUCCUCCUCACCCCUGCUCUCUUCAGCCAAGUUCAACGAGCCAUUCCCUGGCGUGAACGCCCACUACCCGUCUUCCCUCACCUCUUCAUCGAUGCCCUCCACGCCGACCUCUAUGCGCUCUCGCAGCCCCUCCAUCUCGUCGCUCGAAACGAUCCCUGAUACACCGGAUGCGGAGGCUGAGGCCGCAGAGGCAGACCGCAUUGCAAGGUUGAAGGCUGCAGCUGAUCUCGAGAAGGAGGGCACCGAAGGUGCCCGGCGUUCCAGUCUCGACGUGCCUGGCGGCAGCGGGCGGACACUGGGCUUCGGCAAGCGAGAUUCGAGGAAGAGGUGGAGCGUCUGCGGCGCCGAAAGGCGUGGAGACCUCGACCUGGAGACAAUUUGGGAGGACUAAGUAGCAGAUGGACACCAUGACCCUGUAUCAUGCAUUUUCCGACUUCGAUUCUAGCAUUCUACGGCGUUUGGGAUCAAAGGACCAGGCUUUUGCCUAGGUGUAAUCUUUCCACUGGCGGUUCUCAUCCUUCCAGGAGUUUGUUUCGUUCCUUCAACGCUCUAACGAAGAGCUAUCGAGCAUGAGUUACGGGCUUGCUCUCUCUCCUUCACACAAGCAUAUGGUACGACAGCAUAUGAUGAGUUCAAUUCUUCAUCAGCGAGAUACCCUCCUCAGCACGGAUUAUGGGGUUUGGCUUUAUGGCAGUACGAGCGUGGAAAGUUAGUCGGAGCAAAUGAGACU